AUGGUUGGCAAAUCUCUGAAAAAGUCGGCGUCGGCCAUCUCGGAUACUGUCCGUCGCACGUUCUCCACCAAGACUUGGGAGCACAGAGAGCAACUUCAUUCGCUCACUGAAAAUGUUAGUUUGGUUCAACUAUAAGAUGUUUCAGCUUUUGAUUUUGAUUUCAGGACAAGUUCUUCCUUCGCAAAGUGAGGUGGCAGAUUGCGCUUCUCGCCCAUUUAGGAUUCGCCAUUUCCUUCGGAAUCCGAUCAAACUUUGGCGUCGCUAAGAAUCGAAUGGUCAACAACUUUACUGAUGCAUACGGAUAUAUUCAUGUAAUUGAAAUAAUGAAUUCUGAUCAUUUUCAAAGUCAAUUUCAGGAAAAAGAGUUUUACUGGACGGCCACUGAGAUCGGAAUGAUGGAGAGCUCCUUCUUCUACGGGUACGCCGCUUCCCAAGUGCCCGCCGGAGUGCUCGCUGCCAAGUUCGCCCCGAACAAACUGUUCAUGAUCGGAGUGCUCAUCGCCGCGAUCAUCAACAUCCUGACGGCCGUCUCGCUCAAGUUCCACCCGUUCACCGACGUCUUUGUCAUGUGCCUCCAGACCCUCCAAGGUCUAGCCCUCGGAGUCACUUAUCCGGCGAUGCACGGAGUCUGGAAGUACUGGGCGCCGCCGCUCGAGAGAUCCAAACUGGCUACGACGACGUUCACGGGCUCGUCAGUCGGAGUGAUGGUCGGGUUGCCGGCGUCGGCGUACUUGGUAUCACACGUGCAUUGGAGUGCUCCUUUCUACGUGUUCGGAGCUCUCGGAAUCAUUUGGGCAAUGCUCUGGGCGUAUGUUUCUGGAUACCAACCGGCGACACAUAGUUACAUUUGUGAGGAUGAGAAGACGUACAUUUCGGAGAAGAUCGGAACGGUCACGGUGCAGAAUAUGACGGUCAGUUCUGGAACAUUCCGUCAAUUAAAUAUCGUUUCGAUUGCAGCUGACCACUCUCCCAUGGCGUCACAUGCUCACUUCCCCAGCCGUCUGGGCCAUCAUCAUCUGCUCAUUCUGCCGUAGUUGGAGCUUUUUCCUUCUUCUUGGAAACCAGCUCACCUACAUGAAAGACGUCCUUCACAUUGACAUAAAAAACGUACUCUACAACGCCUGUUCCUUCUUCCAAUUGAUAUAUUUUCAGAGUGGUUUGAUAGCGAUAUUUCCGCAGCUCGGGAUGACAAUAGUGACAUUGAGCAGUGGACAACUGGCCGAUUAUAUAAGAUCGUCCGGAAAGAUGGACACAUUGAACACGCGCAAGCUCUUCAACACUGUCGGGUUCACAAUCGAAGCGGUCAUGCUCGGAUGUCUCGCUUUCGUCCGAGAUCCGGUCAUCGCCAUCGUGUGCAUGAUCAUCUCUUGCAGUGGAUCCGGAGCCUGUCUUUCCGGUGAGCGGUCUGAAAGAGGGGUCAGAAAAGAGAGAAAGAGAGAGAUUUGUAGGCUUCAACGUGAAUCACUUCGAUAUUGCUCCAAGAUACGCUCCGAUUCUGAUGGGCAUUGCCAACGGAAUCGGCGCGUUUGCGGGUGCCGGCGGAAUCAUCACAAACACGUUGACAUUCGAGGUACCGUAACGAGAAAGUGCGAAGACUGAUAACGGGCUGGUGUUUGAACGACUUCACAGUGUCCUCUUCACCGAAUUCGAACAAGUUAUUCGAUCGAACAUCAGUCAAGUUCAAGCGGAUUCGUUAUCAGUUUCAAAAAAUAGAUAUCAAAGUUUCACUUGGAACACCUCGCUUUUUUAGAACCCGGACGGCUGGAAGUGGGUGUUCGUUCUGGCGAUGUCCGUUGACGCUUUCGGAAUCAUAUUCUUCCUUGUCUUCGCGAGAGGUGACGUUCUCGUAAGUCUAGGCAUUCCUUUUCCACUGAUCUCCUCUAUUCUUGCAGUCUUGGGCUCGUGAACCGGAAAAGACGGAGACGUUCGACGAAUUCGUGCGGCGAAUGUGUACGUUGCUUGGACACAACUUUUCAAUGAAUAAACUGUCUUGUGUUUGAUACUAACCCCUUUGUUUGUGUCCUUUGUUUCGUUUCUUUUCGUUUUGUUUCCUCCCGAACUUUACACUUUUGCAGCCACCAUUGUGAGAAGCAUCUCGAGAAGAACAAGGGCUCGCAGCACUGACACCGACUACGCAAAGUAAAAGAGAACGGACUGAAUUGAAACGAGAACAGAAUGAUUUCAGAAUGGAAGACGAGCGUCAGAACUCUUCGGAAAUGAAGGCGUGCAAGAAGACGGAGGGUUCGGAAGACGGCUCCGUUCACGAAACGAAGGCGAUCGGCGGGGGUGCUCCUCUCGAAGUGGUGCCGGAAGAGCCGACGCAGAAGAGUCUGAAGACCGACCGGCCCGAGAUCUGA